AUGGAGGCCAUCAUCGAGCUCAUCUUCAAGAAGGCCCUGGCGGAGCCGCACUACUGCGAAACCUACGCCGACAUUGUGUUUGGGCUGAGGUCCGCGUUCCCGGAGUUCCAAUCCUCCGGCGACGGCAAGCCGAUGACGUUCAAGUCCUCCGUCCUCAGCAUCUGCCAGCACGAGUUCGAGGAGCUGCUCCGGGCGCCCGGGCCCUCGGAGGACGAGCAGGCCAGGCUGGACCCAGAGCAGCUGGAGUGCCAGCGCCAGGAGCGCCGCAAGCGCAUGCGCGCCAACAUGCGCUUCAUCGGGCACCUGUUCUUGCGCCAGCUGCUCUCGGCCAGGGUCAUCGGCUCCGUGCUGUGCGAGCUGACCCUGGUGGAGCGACCCGACACGCUGCCGGAGGAGCAUGCCAUCGAGUGCGCGUGCGAGCUGCUGAACGCCACCGGCUUCACGCUGGAGUCGCUGCCCGCGGGGCACGCCGCUCUCGCUGCGGUGUGCGGCAGGCUGCAGGCGCUGAGUCACGCGAAGGCGGGGCCGGGCUGGUGA